AUGAAAGUUUCUCGUCGUCAAAGAGGCCACUUCCUCGAUCAACAAACUAAUCAUUCAACGCAAAAUGAUGCUCCGACUAAUCCUUCAAUUCAUGCAACAAUAAAAUCCGAACGAAAAUAUCGUGUUGUACAAAAUGAGGAAUCAUUCAAUAACCAAAGAAAUGCUCUAUUUAAUUCAACUAAUGAAAUUUAUUCAGAGAGAUCAUCAAAAAAAUCAGAUACUAGUAACGGAUUCGAACAAGAAACAAACUCAGCCAUUGUGAAUGGUAAAUUAAGAACCACGGGACUAACUGACUAUCAGGGAAUGGAAAAACGUAGUAAAAAUCCAUACCAUUUUGGGAAGUCACUGAGAAUCUCCCCGCCCCAUGAAAUUGGUUUAACAAAUAAACGACGUCGUAACGAAAUUCAUAAGAAACGGAAUCCACAUUUUUAUCUUCGUUGUUAUCCAUGUCCAUGCUCGUGUCCUUGUGUAUUCCUUGGAAUACUAGGUCUCUUGUUUCUGUGCACAGCGAUUGCUGCAAUUCUUAUUGGUAUGUUAAUAAAACAUCCAUCCACUACGACAACGAUUUCGAAGACCACUUUCACCAGUGUACCAACAGCAACUUCCGCAACUGCAUUUACAACGGUAUCAACUACUGUUAUCACAACUGCGCCUACGACGGCAUCAAUUACUGUUACCACAACUGUAUCAAUGACGCCAACUACAACUGUAUCAAUGACGCCAACUACAACUGUAUCAAUGACGCCAACUACAACUGUAUCAAUGACGACAAUUACAACUACCAUAACAUCAACUACGACAUCAGUUACAAUAUCGGUUGGUAACUGGAGUUCAACAGGUACAGUUCUUGUUGGAGCUACUGAACUCAAUAAUCAGUGGGGUUUAAUAUUUGAUUCAUCCGAUACACUUUAUAUUGCUGAUCGGCUAAAUCAUCGUAUAUUAAAGUUACCCAUGAAUGCAACCAAUGCUACUACCUUAGCAGGUACAUACGGUACAUCAGGUUCUACUGCAUCUCUUUUAAAUGAGCCAACAUGUGUUCAACUUGAUUCAAAUGGAAAUAUGUAUAUCGCAGACAGACUUAACAAUCGUAUACAAUAUUGGGCCAAGGGUGCAUCAUCCGGUACAACAGUUGCUGGUGCAGGUGGAUAUGGUAGUGGAAAUAAUCAAUUGGAUUCUCCAUAUGGAAUUUCACUUGAUACAAAUUCGAAUACACUCUAUAUAGCCGAUUUUGGUAACGAUCGUAUCAUGUGCUACUUAUAUGGCUCAUCAUCGGGCACGGUUGUUGCAGGUAACAACGGACAAGGCUGUGGUUCUACACAAUUAAGUAGACCUGUUGGCGUGCUUUUUGAAACAUCAACAAACAGUCUUGUGAUUGUCAAUAGUGAAUGUCAUAACAUUAUUCGAUGGGUAUUAGGUGCCAGUAGUUGGACUCUGAUUGUAGGUAGCCUUUCAGGAACACCGGGAAGUUCAGCAACACAACUUAAUACACCAGAGGGUGUAGUAUUCGAUCCAACGAAUAAUUUGUAUGUUGCAGAUCGAUAUAAUCAUCGAGUACAAUUCUAUUUAGCUGGUCAAACAACUGGAAAAACUGUUGUUGGUACAACUGGUGUAAGCGGAGCUAAUACCUCUUUACUUAACAAUCCUUAUGCAGUUGCAUUGGACAGUCAACUUAAUUUGUAUGUUUCAGAUCGAUAUAAUAAUCGAGUUUUAAAAUUCGCACGUCUUUAA